GUUGAUGGCAGCGGCAGCUGGGACUGCAGCGACGCCGGGCCCCGGAGAGCCGCAAGCAGCGGCCCGAGCGCGCAGAGGAACACCCGGGCCCCAGACGCCGCGGACACCCGGAGAGGCAGUUCCGGCACCCUGACUCCCUCGGCCCCCAGGGCACCCCUAGCCCCCUCAGCAGAGGAGUCGCAGAGUGAGCGCCCCUCGGCCCACUCAGGACCAGCUCACAGGACUAAGGACGAAAGGCACUCCUGGGCACUGAGAUCCUCCAUUUCUACCCACCGCCAUGAGCCGGCGUGUGGUUCGGCAGAGCAAGUUCCGCCAUGUGUUUGGGCAGGCGGCAAAGGCUGACCAGUCCUACGAGGACAUCCGUGUGUCCAAGGUCACAUGGGACAGCUCCUUCUGUGCCGUCAACCCCAAAUUCCUGGCCAUUAUUGUGGAGGCUGGAGGUGGAGGUGCCUUCAUUGUCCUGCCUCUGGCCAAGACAGGACGCGUGGAUAAGAACUACCCACUGGUCACUGGGCACACUGCUCCUGUGCUGGACAUCGACUGGUGCCCACACAAUGACAACGUCAUUGCCAGUGCCUCAGACGACACCACGGUCAUGGUGUGGCAGAUUCCAGACUACACCCCUAUGCGCAACAUUACGGAACCCAUCCUGACACUUGAGGGCCACUCCAAACGUGUGGGCAUCCUCUGCUGGCACCCCACUGCCCGGAAUGUCCUGCUCAGUGCAGGUGGUGACAAUGUGAUCCUCAUCUGGAAUGUGGGCACUGGGGAGGUGCUCCUGAGUCUAGACGACAUGCACCCGGACGUCAUCCACAGCGUGUGUUGGAACAGCAACGGUAGCCGGCUAGCCACCACCUGCAAGGACAAGACCCUGCGCAUUAUCGACCCCCGCAAGGGCGAGGUGGUGGCGGAGAGGUUUGCGGCCCACGAGGGAAUGAGGCCCAUGCGGGCCGUCUUCACGCGCCAGGGUCAUAUCUUCACCACGGGCUUCACCCGCAUGAGCCAGCGAGAGCUGGGCCUGUGGGACCCGAACAACUUCGAGGAGCCAGUGGCACUGCAGGAGAUGGACACGAGCAACGGGGUCCUACUGCCCUUCUACGACCCGGACUCCAGCAUCGUCUACCUUUGCGGCAAGGGCGACAGCAGCAUUCGGUACUUUGAGAUUACCGACGAACCACCUUUCGUGCAUUACCUGAACACGUUCAGCAGCAAGGAACCUCAGAGAGGCAUGGGUUUCAUGCCCAAGCGGGGGCUGGACGUCAGCAAGUGUGAGAUCGCCCGGUUCUACAAGUUGCACGAAAGAAAAUGUGAGCCCAUCAUCAUGACUGUGCCCCGCAAGUCAGACCUGUUCCAGGAUGACCUAUACCCAGAUACUCCCGGCCCCGAGCCAGCCCUAGAAGCGGACGAGUGGCUGUCUGGCCAGGAUGCCGAACCCCUGCUCAUCUCGCUGAGGGACGGUUACGUGCCUCCGAAGCACCGCGAGCUCCGGGUCACCAAGCGCAAUAUUCUGGACGUGCGCCCUCCCGCCGGCCCCCGCCGCAGCCAGUCGGCCAGCGACGCCCCCUUGACGCAGCAGCACACUCUGGAGACGCUGCUGGAGGAGAUCAAGGCCCUUCGCGAGCAGGUGCAGGCCCAGGAGCAGCGCAUCACGGCCCUGGAGAACAUGCUGUGCGAGCUGGUGGACGGCACGGACUAGUGCGGCGCGCGGGGUGCAGCUCCGAGCCUGGGGGUGGGGGGAGGCGGGGGGCGAAGCCGGGCUGGGAGCAGGACUUGGCCCCGCCCCGGCCUUUGGUCCGGAGUGCCGGACCCCGCCUCUCCCGGCUGGGGCCGGGGGCGGGACUGGGAAGGGAACUCCUUGCCCUCGCGGGAGGCCUGGACAAACCGAGCGUCGCGGAGACUCGCGUCUGCCUGGCACCCGCCUGGCCACUUGCCUCGUCCGGGACUCAGCAGGAGCUGGCCUUGGGAGGCCCGGGGUGACGGGGACCUCAGCAAUGGUGCUGCACGGCGAGGCGGGGUCCCUUCUGUCUCCCGCCCAGGGCAGGGGAAGUGCUUAGUAUUAGCGCUGUUCUUGGGGGUGUCGGGGAGCUUGGGCUUGAGCUCGAAGGGGUGGCGAUGCGACGGGUCUCGCCAGACCGACUGGGGAAAGUUACAACGCUUGUCCCUCUAAUCAGCUCACUUGAUUCCGCUACCCGAAGUGGUAAACCGGAUGGGCGUCCCCCGAGUUCCACAGACAUACACAGCCCCUUGGCCGAAGAGCCGAGCCCCCCGGUUACACCCUGCCGGCUAUGGCGGGGGGCUGGCUCCCUUUUUUUCACCCGCAGGGGAGAGGGCGGCUUCCUCACUGCAGCCCCGCCGGAGAACUAACCAGAAAACUAGCAUGGAAGCAGGUUCACAUCCCUCUUCCCGCCCACCCCCCAACGGCCCCCAGCCCUGUGCUGUGGCUUUGGCUCUAGAAGGAAAACAAGACUCACUGAAUGAAAUAUUUUACUACGUGCUCGGUGUGUGCCUCCUGCAUGCCUGGGGGUGAGGGGGCCAAGACCCCCCGGCCUCUGCAAAUGCUGUACCCCACCCCGGGUUUGUGGGGUUGCUGACAUGCUCAGGACCCACCGGGCAUUCUUUUACCUCAGAGCCCUCCCCACA